CCUCCUCUUCAGCCUCCUAGAACUAGAAGCCAAUAUGGAGCCAGAGGACAUGCCUUGGCCAGGAGAGCUCGAGGAGGAGGUGGAGGAGGAGGAGGAGGAGGAGGCGGAGAACUUGGACGAGUACGAGGUGGUGAUGGUGGAGGAAAUGGAGGAAGAGGAGGGGCGGGAGCCGGACGCGGAUUUUAACUACGAGAGCCAGCGUCGGGAGAGUACGGACGACGAGGAGGAUGAGGAGGCCAAGGCCUGGCUGCAGGCGCACCCCGCCGGGACUUUGCCUCAGCCGUCGCUCCCGAGGCACCGCUACUCGGUGGGCGAGCUGACCAGCCCGGGGAAGGUUGUUCCAUUGACCUGUCAUGUAUGGCAACAGCCAUUAUAUCAAAACAAUAGUGGAAUACAGAUUCCUGAUACUAAUGUGGUCUCUUUGGAAAAAACAGCUCAGUGGGGUUCUGGGGAUGAUCAGAGAACAGAAUCUUGGCAUUAUCUUCCUCAAGAAAUGGACUCUUCCCACACCUUGGAUACAACCCAGACCAGGUUUAAUGUGAGAGAGAAAGGGACUGAAGUGACAGACUUCCCCUCUCUGGAGGAAGGUAUAUUGAUCCAAUCAGAAAAUCAAGUAAAGGAGUCGAACAGAGAUCUUUUAUGUUCUCCAUUGCUAGUCAUACAAGACAAUUUCGCUUCUCCUGAUUUGCCUUUGCUGACAUGUUUGACAAAAGAUCAAGAGUUUGGGCCUGAUUCCUUGUUUCACCAAAGUGAACUAGAUUUUGCACCUCUGAGGGGAAUUCCUGAGGGCCUGCAGGGGAAGGCUGAAUCUGACAUCUAUACUCUGGAUGAUGAUACUGAAUGCUGUAGCCUAGAUGAAAAUGCUGUUGUAUGCAGGAAAAGAGUUGUUGAACUACAAAGAGAGAUACGUGACCAAGGUGACUUGACUGGUGAGUGCAUUAAGCUAGCAGGUUUAGAAAAUUUGCUUGAUGAUCUAGAGAUUUGUGACAGCUCCCUGCACUGGCAAUCUACUGUACAGCUGCCAUCUAAGGAAGAGAGCAGUUUUGAAGAGCCUGUAUAUCCUUCUAAUAUGGACAUUAAUCAGUGUUUUUCAUCUGUAUUGCCUCCAUUUGUUCCUCAUGAGCCAACUAGAGAGUUGGAGUAUCACUCUUCAGAUCUCAGAAUGUUGAGGGUAUCUCCUGACACUGUGCCAGGGACUCUCAAACAUUCAACAGGGGAUACGUCCAAAGGAGACAUAGCUGAAAUUCCUCAACCCACCUUGAAACCAGGCAUCACUACCACUCCUGAAGAUUCAGACACUGUAUCUCAUUUAUCCUUGUCCCCUGAGGACUUUCCUCAGUUGGCUGGAAGGUCUCCUCAAGUGAAGAAUAUUGGUCAACAUACUGAUACUCCCAACCAACAGACAUUAGCAGACAGUCGUCUAACUGAAGAGGCUCUAAAAGUUUCAGCUGUUCCUGGGCUAGCUGACCAGAAGACUGGGAUAGCAACAGUGCCCUCUAGUUCCUACUCACAAAGAGGGAAGCCAAAUAUUUUCUACCCACAGGGCUUGCCAGAUGGUCAUCUAACUGAAGAGGCUCUAAAAGUUGCAGCUGUUCCUGGACUUGGUGACCAGAAGACAAGUAUAUUUACAGUCCCUCCAAGUUCCUACUCACUUGGAGAGAAGCACAGUAUUUUCUACCCACAGGCAUUGCCAGAUGGUCAUCAAACUGAAGAGGGUCUGAAUGUUUCAGUUCUUCUUGGACUAGCUGAUCUAAAGACUGGAAAACCAACAGUACCGGCUAGUUCCUACUCAGUUGGAGAGGAACCUGGUAUUUUCUACCAACAGGCCUUGCCAGGCAGUCAUCUACCAGAAGAGGCUCUGAAAGUUUCACCUUCUCCUAGACCAGUUGAUGAAAAGACUGGGUUGCCUACUGCAUCCUCUACCUCUUACUCACAUGGAGAGAAGCCUCGUAUUUUCUAUCAACAGACAUUGCCAGAAAGUCAUCUAACUGAACAGGCUCUGAAAGUUUCAGCUGCUUCUGGACCCCCUGAACAGAAGACUGGGAUUCCUAUAGUAACUUCUACUUCUUACUCACAAAGAGAGAAGCUCAGUAUUUUGUGUCAGCAAGAGUUGCCAGACAGUCAUAUAACUGAACAGGCUCAGAAAGUUUCAGCUGCUCCUGGAUUGGCUGAGCAGAAGACUGGGAUUCCUACCGUACACUCUACUUCCUAUUUACAUAGAGAGAAGCCCAGUAUUGUGUACCAGCAAGAGUUACCAGACAAUCAUCUAAUUCAGCAGGUUCAGCAAGUUUCAGCUGCUCCUGGAUUGGCUGAGCAGAAGACUGGGAUAUUGACAGUACCCUCUACUUCCUAUUCACAUAAAGAGAAGCCCACUAUUCUGUACCAGCAAGAGUUGCCAGACAGUCAUGUAAUUCAAGAGGUUCAACAAGUUUCAGCUGCUCCUGGAUUGGCUGAGCAGAAGACUGGGAUUCCUAUAGUAACUUCUACUUCUUACUCACAUAGAGAGAAGCCCAGUAUUUUGUACCAGCAAGAGUUGCCAGACAGUCAUCUAACUGAACAGGCUCAGAAAGUUUCACCUGCUCCUGGACCCCCUGAGCAGAAAACUGGGAUUCCUAUAGUAACUUCUACUUCUUACUCACAUAGAGAGAAGCCCAGUAUUUUCUACCAACAGAAUUUGCCAGAUAGUCAUCUAACUAAAAAGGCUCAGAAGGUUCCAGCUCUUCCAGGACUAGCUCACCAGAAGAGUGGGACACCAAUAGCACCCCCUGCUUUCUACUCACAUAGAGGGAAGACCAGUGUUAUCUAUCAGCAGGAGUUGCCAGACAGUCAUCUAAGUGAUCAGACUCAGAAAAUUUCAGCUAUUCCUGGGCCAGUUGACCAGAACACUGGGAUACAGACAGUACCCUCUGGUUCCUACUCACAGAGGGAGAAGCCCAUUAUUUUUUACAGGCAGGAGUUGCCAGACAGUCUUCUAACUGAAGAGGCUGUAAAAGUUUCAGCUUUUCCUAGAACAGCUGACCAGAACACUGGGAUACCAACAGGGUCGUCUAGGUCCUACUCAUUUGGAGAGAAGCCAGGUGGUUUUUUCUACCAGCAGGUGUUACCAGAUAGUAAUCUAAGUGAAGAGGCUCUGAAAGUUUCACCUGCGUCUAGACCAAGUGACCAGAAGACUGGUAUACUCUCAGUACCUGCUAGUUCCUACUCACAUAGAGAGAAGCACAGUAUUUUCUACCCACAAACCUUGCCCGGCAGUCAUCUAUCUGAAGAGGCUCUGAAAGAUUCAGCUAUUUCUGGACUAGCUGAUCAGAAGACUGGGACAUCCGAAUCUUCUGGUUCUUACUCACAUAGAGAGAAAUCCAGUGUUUUCUACCAACAGGAGUUGCCAGAUAGUCAUCUAACUGGAGAGGCUCAGAAAGUUUCAGGUGUUACUGGAACAGGUGACCAGAAGACUGGGAUACCUAUAUUAACCUCUAAUUCUUACUUACAUAAAGAGAAGCCCAUUAUUUUCUACCAGCAGGCCUUACCAGAUAGAUAUCUUACUGAAGAAGCUCUGAAUGUUUCAGCUGCUCCCAGACCAGCUGACCAGAAGGCUGGGAUACCUGCAGUACCAUCUAGUUCCUAUUCAUAUAGAGAGAAGCCCAUCAUUUCUUACCAGCAAGAGUUGCCAGAUCUUACUCAAGUGGCUUUAAAAGUUUUAGAGGUUCCUGGACCAGCUGACCAGAAGAUUGGGAUACCAUCAAUAAUCUCUACUUCUUCCUCAUAUGGAGAGAAGCCCAUCAUUUCUUACCAGCAAGAGUUGCCAGAUCCUAAUGAAGAUGCUUUAAAACGUUUAGAGCUUCCGGGACAAGCAGACCAGACCACUGGUAUGCGAACUGUGCCCCCUACUUCCUAUUCACAUAGAGAGAGCCCCAUCUUUUCUUACCAGAAGGAGUUGCCAGAUAUUACUGAAGAAACUUUGAAAGUUUCAGCUGUUCCUGGACCAGCUGACCAGAAGAUUGGGAUACAAACAGUCCCCUCUAGUUCCUACUCAUAUAGAGAGAAGGCCGAUGUUUUUUACCAGCAGGAGUUGCCAGAUCUUACUGAAGAAACUUUAAAAGUUUUUGCUCUUCCUGGACCAGCUGACCAGAACGCUGAGAUACCAACAGGGCCUUCUAGUUCUUACUCACAUAAAGAGAAACUCAAGAUUUUACCAGAUGACCAGAAGGCUGAGUUACUAUCAGCUCCCCUUAGUUCCUGCUCACGUAGAGAAAAGCCUAAGACUUCAACUGUGAUUGGACCAGACGACCAGAAGACUCCAUUACUGACAGGUUUUCCUAAUUCUUAUUCUCAGAGAGUAAAGCCCAGUAUUUUCUUUAAACAGCAGUUGCCAGAUGGACAUCAAAGUGGAGAUAUUCUUAAGAUUUCAUCUGUUCCUGAACCAACUGAUGUGAAUUCUUGGAUACAAAUACCUCUUUCUAGUUCCUUUUCACAGAGAGAGAAAUCUAAUAUUUUCUGCCCAGAGGAAUUGCCAGACAAACAUCUCACUGAAGAUUCACUGAAGGUUUCAACAGUUCCUGGACCAGCUGACCAAAAAACUGUGUUACCAGCAGUUCCUCCUAGUUCCUUUUCACUUAGAGAGAAACCAAUUCUUUUCUACCAACAGGAUUUGCCAGAAAGACAUCUAACUGAAAAUAACCUGAAGUUCUCAAGUAGUCUUGGGCAAGCUGGUCAGAUUACUGGGUUAUCAACAGUUCCCCCUAGUACUUAUUCACAUAGUGAGAAGCACAGACUUGUUUCAGACCAUGUCCAAAGGCUGAUAGAUAAUUUGGAUUCUUCUAACGCCAGUGUUAUCUCAAACAAUAUGCCUUUGAAUUCUCAGGCUGAUGGUACAGUUGUAAUAAAUAAGCCAGAAUCUUCAGGUUUUGAAGAUGUUGGCUCUAAGGAAAUCCAGGAUAUGGAAAACAGUUCCAAAACUCUUAAAGAGGUUCAGACACUUUUAAUGGAAGCAGAAAAUAUAGCACUGAGACGAUGCAAUUUUCCUGUUCCCCUUGUCCCUUUCAGAGAUGUUAGUGAUAUCUCAUUUAUACAAUCUAAGAAGGUGGUUUGCUUCAAAGAACCCCCCACAGCUGAUGCAUCUAAUGGUGAUUUGUCUCAGAGACAGCCAUUCACAGAAGAAAGCCUAAGCAACAAGUGCAUACAGAAGGAUAUUAGCACACAGACGAAUCUGAAAUGCCAGAGAGGCACUGAAAAUUGGGAGUUUAUUAGUUCAACUACAGUUAGAAGUCCUUUACAGGAAGCAGAAAGCAAAGCCAGAGUGGCAUUAGACGAAACCCUUAGGCAAUGUAAAGCAGCCAGAUCUGUCAUGAGAUCUGACCCUGAAGGGUAUAGUAGAACCAUUGAGAAUAAGAUUGUUAUUCCUAUGAUGACUGUCAUUAAAAGUGAUUCAAGUAGUGAUGCAAGUUCCUGCUCAUGGGACAGUAAUUCCUUGGAGUCAGUUUCUGAUGUGCUUCUAAACUUCUUUCCAAAUUCUUCACCCAAGACAAGCAUGACAGAUAGCAGAGAGGAAGAGGGUGUGUUAGAGAGUGACGAUGGUGGUGGUAGCAGUGUAGAUUCACUGGCUGCACAUGUGAAAAACCUUCUGAAAUGUGAAUCCUCAUUGAACCGUGCUAAACAAAUACUCAGAAAUGCAGAGGAGGAGGAAUCUCGGGUACGGGCACGAGCCUGGAAUCUGAAGUUUAAUAUGGCUCAUGAGUGUGGCUACUCCAUUUCAGAAUUAAACGAAGAUGACAGGAGAAAAGUAGAAGAGAUCAAAGCAAAGUUGUUUGGUCAUGGGAGAACAACUGACUUGCCCAAGGGUUUACAGAGUCCACAGGGAAUAGGAUGCAAGCCAGAAGCUGUAUGUAGUCACAUUAUUAUUGAGAGCCAUGAAAAAGGAUGUUUCAGGACUCUAACAGCUGAACGGCCACAAUUGGACAGCCACCCUUGUGUUUUCAGAUCUGCUGAACCCUCAGAAAUGAUCAGAGGGCAACGGAGCCCAUCAUCAUGGACAACCAGGCACAUCAACCUUGCCAAGUCACUGGACCAGAACAACUCCCAUUUCAAAGUUUGGAAUUCAUUGCAGUUACAAAGUCAUUCCCCAUUUCAAAACUUUAUAGGUGAUGACUUGAAAAUUAGCAAGGGUCUUCGAAUGCCAUUCCGUGAAAAGUUGGACCCUUGGCUGUCAGAAUUAGUAGAACCUGCUUGUAUGCCACCUGAAGAAAUGGAUUGUCAGUCUUCAUCACAAAUGCUGCCCCCAGAACCCAUGAAAAAGUUUACUACCUCCAUCACUUUCUCAUCUCACCGACAUUCUAAAUGCUUUUCAGAUUCCUCUUUUCUUAAGGUUGGUGUUACUGAAGGUAGCCAGUGUACUGGAGCAUCUGUGGGGGUAGUUAAUUCUCAUAUCACUGAAGAGCAAAAUCCUCCUAGAGAUCUAAAAGAGAAAACCUCUUCCCCUUCAUCAUUUAAAAUCAUUAGUCAGUCACCAGAUAAAGCUGUGACUAUUUUAGCAGAAAAUAGUAGGGAAAGCCAAAAAUUAUCUGUUGAACCUUCUCACCAAGAAGAAAAACCCUUAGAAAGAUCAGAUUUUAAAGGCAGUCAUUCUAAGCCCAGUACCAGUGCAAAUGAUAGCAAUUUCAAGGAAGUUCAUUUUUCUGAUGACGAUACUCUCAUUAGCAUGGGCAGACCAAGUUCCACACUAGGAGUAAAAGAGAAGAAUGUAACUAUAACUCCAGAUCUUCCUUCGAACAUUUUUCUUGAACAAGAGCUCUUUGAACAAAGCAAAGCCUCACAUGCAGAUCACCGUGUGAGAAAACACAAUUCUCCCCCUCCUCAACAUCAGGAUUAUGUAGCUCCAAAUCUCCCUUGUCGUAUUUUUCUUGAAAAACGAGAACUCUUUAAACAAAGCAAGACCCAACAUAAAGAUAAUCAGUUGAGAGAAAACCACUCUCCCCUUCCUCAAAGUCAGGAUUAUAUAGCUUCAGACCUUCCUUCUCCCAUUUUUCUUGAACAACGUCAGCUCUUUGAGCAAAGCAAAGCCCCAGAUGUAGAUCACCACAUGGGAAAACACCAUUCUCCCCUUCCUCAAGGUCAGGAUUGUAUAGUAGAAAAGAAUAAUGAACAUAAGCCUAAAUUACACAUUUAUGAUAUGAUAAAUGUUGAAGCCAAAUUCAGUGAUGUGGCCUCCCCAUCAGCCCCAAAUCAAUGUACAGUAGUAACAUCUGCAUCUACUCCACCUUCAAAUACAAAAGCACUUUCUUGUGUUCGUAUAACUCUUUGUCCCAAGACUCCUUCCAAGUUGGAUAGUGGAACCUUAGAUAAAAGAUUUCAUUCAUUGGAUCCUGCCUCUAAAACAAGGAUGAAUAGUGAGUUUAACUCUGGCCUACAGACUGUAUCUUCAGAAUCAUUGGAACCAACCUCCAAAUUAUUGACCAGUAAACCUGUAGCACAGGAUCAAGAAUCUUUAGGUUUUCUAGGACCUAAAUCUUCACUGGACUUCCAAGUCGUACAGUCUCCUCUUCCAGAUAGUAAUAUUAUUUCUCAGGACUUGAAAACCAUACCUUUUCAGAAUAGCCAGAUAGUAACCUCAAGGCAAACACAAGUGAACAUUUCAGAUUUGGAAGGAUAUUCCAAUCCAGAAGGGACUCCGGUAUCUGCAGUUCGAUCACCAAAGGAGAUUAAGACCCCGUUUUCUCCCUUCUCUGGAAAAUUACCAUCUGAUGCAGUCACUCAGAUAACAACAGAAAGUCCAGGAAAAGCCAUGUUUUCAUCUGAGAUUUUUGUUAAUGCUGAAGAUCGUGGACAUGAUAUUCCAGAGCUCAGUACACAGAAGUUGGGCAAAGUUCCUGUCAAGUUUGCUUCACCAUCUUCAGUCCAACAGAUUACUGUUCCUCAUGGCACAGAUGGCCAGCCUUUACUGUUGCCAUAUAAGCCUUCUGGUAGUACGAAGAUGUACUAUGUUCCCCAAUUAAGACAAAUUCCUUCAUCUCUGGAUUCCAAGUCAGACACCACCAUUGAGAGCUCACACUCAGGAUCCAAUGAUGCCAUUGCUCCAGAUUUCCCGGCUCAGGUGCUAGGCACAAGGGAUGAGGACAUGGCAGACACUGUUAACAUUAAACAUAAAGAGGGGAUCUACAGUAAGAGGGUGGUAACUAAGGCAUCCUUGUCAAUGGGGAAAAAACCCUUUCAGAAAGAUAAUGCAGAUGCUCAAGUUCAAGUACUCAUCACUGGGGAUGAGGACCUCUCAGACAAAAACCAGAAAAAGGAGAUCUACAGUAAAAGGGCAGUGACCGAGGCUGCUCGAUCUGAAGAAAAAGGAUCCUUGCAGAAAGACACUACAGGUUCCAGUGCUGCUGCUGCUUCAGAGCAGUCAGCUCAACUACAAGACACGAAGAUUGAUAGUCUAGCAGACACUAAAGCCAUUAAACAGAAAGGGGAGAUCCACAGUAAGAGGACAGUUCCUAAGGAAGCCUGGCCCGAAGAGAAGAAAUCCUUGCAAAUAGAUAUUGCAGGUAAUGGGGAUUGGGGUAGGGGGUGUGAGAGAGAGAGAGCAUGCACACGCAAACGCCUGUGUCUACGUGUUUCCACUUAA